CACAUAAAACACAGCGUCUCUCUCUCUCUCUCUCUUCUUUCUCUCUCUACUCUACUCUGUGUUUGUUGUCGACGAAAAUUCCCAAAUUUCUCAGCUAUUUCGCUGUCUCUUGCCGCUGAAAUUCCCGAAAACAUGCUCCAAACUGCAUGAUUUUUCUGCAUCGAGUAAUAUCUAGUCUCUUCUGCUCUUGAAUUUCGCUCUAUUUGCCCGAAUUCAUUGCCAACGGUUUUCGGAAUGCUUGAAGCAGUGGAAAGCUCCGUUAAUGGCGGCUUCUCGCAGCUGCAAAGCAGUGGCGAUAGUAGUGAAGAGGAGCUUUCUGUUCUUCCUCGUCAUACGAAAGUGGUCGUCACUGGAAACAACCGCACCAAAUCGGUGCUCGUUGGACUUCAAGGCGUUGUUAAGAAGGCUGUUGGUUUGGGCGGAUGGCAUUGGCUGGUUCUCACAAAUGGCAUUGAAGUUAAGCUACAGAGAAAUGCCCUCAGUGUAAUCGAAGCCCCAACUGGCAAUGAGGACGACGAUGAUCUCGAAUUCGAAAACAUGCAAUGGAAUGGAUCGGAUAUGGCAUCUGAUGAUACUUUGAAGUCCCAUAGACUGAGAUAUAGGACACACAAAUCGUCGGGAUCAUCACACAAAACUAUCAGCCGAUCCUUCUCAUAUGAAUCGCAGUCCAAGGGGUCUAUUUCGACCCCUCGUGGGUCCAUGGUCGACCUCGGUAAACUGGAAAUGUCUGCUCUAUGGAGAUAUUGGCGACACUUCAAUCUCGUUGAUGCUUUUCCUAACCCAUCGAAGGAGCAGUUGGUGGAUGUCGUUCAAAGGCAUUUCAUGUCACAGCAACUAGAUGAGUUGCAGGUGAUUGUCGGGUUCGUCCAUGCUGCAAAGAGACUCAAAACCGUUUGCAAAUGACCGAGUAAUGACUGUAACACCAGGCUCAUUCAUCCAUUUCUAACAAAAACACCGGUACCAAAAUUCCCACUUCCCUGCUACAUUGAUGGUUCUCUGUAAUAUAAGAAUCCUGGCUUGUUUUUGAGGUAUUCAUUGCCCGUUUGUUCGUGUAAUUAUGGUAGAUAAAUAUAGGAUAUAUAAUAUAUAUAUAAAAUGUACGUAUAGGCUAGCAGACCUUCUAAAACUGACAAGUCCUUGGUGACUUUGUUUUCCUAAACCUUGAUUGAAUGCUGACUUGGGAGAGUGGGUAUCUUGAAAUGAAUGUGUACAUUCCUUUAA